AUGUCACUAGCCCCUCGUCAACUGCCCUCGCCUGCACCUACACCAGGAUCAAGUAUGCUCCCACAGCCCUCGACUAGCGAUGCCGAACCGAUAGAUCAAGCAUCUCUGAGAGCAGAGCUGGAGGCUCAGUUAUUAAAAUUAUCGCAAGACUUGUACGAGCUUGAGAUAUGCGCAGGGGAUGUAGGACAGGGUAUGGAAGAUGCGGUACCAAACUACCUGAUGAAAGUGAAUCAGGGGUUUAUCAAUCUCGAGAGGAUAGCUGGACAGUUGGGUGAAAGUGUACCGCAUCAAAUAGUGGAACACAUAGAUAGGUAUAAGAAUCCCCAUGUAUUUACGAAGAAUACUUUGACAAGGGCUGUGGGGGAGAAUCAGUAUGCUUUAGGAAGGGUGCUGGGAUUAGAAAGCUUCCGACGUCAACUUCACAAUGCACUGAACGAGGAAUUUCCUGAAGUACCUCUACCAGAUAGGAAACAUCAACCUAUCGUUCUUUCAAAAGUGAUUGUAGAUGAGAAUAUGAACAAUGAAGAGUCAAAAGGGUCGCAGGUCAAUGGAGACACGGAUGUUAAAGUUGAAGAGAGAAACCAAUAA